UUCGUCCUCUUCACUGCCACCCUUCUUGUCUUCUUCAGAGAAGAAUUCAUCCGGGUGCGAGUUUUGAUAAAUAUUUUCUCCUUCAACAUUGAUUGGUUUUUGAGAACCUUCAUCUAUUUUAUUUAAAUUUUCAUCUGGAUCUUCGCUGAAUUCUUUUUCAUCAAAAGUGUAAAUUUUGGAAAUUACCGAAAGUUUAUAGACUCUGUCAGCAUAAAAAGCAACAAUUACUGCAGCCAAAGACUGAAGAAGGCUGAAAAUACCUCCAAUGCUAGCUAAGAUGUCUGUACAAAGAAAUUCUUGAAUACAUUCCCGACCAAUCAGUAUAUUUAUCAGAUUUCUCUUCAGCAACAGCAUAGAACGUUCCAUCUUUCCUUCCAUCAACUAAGGUGUAGUCAUCCAGAGUAUUAAUUUUAUUUUCUUUCAAGAAGAUAUCUGUGUUGAGAAAGGUACCUUCUUGAUAAGUGUAAUAGAACUUUUGAGUGAGAUAAUUUUUAAUCGGCUCACUGAAGCUUUUCAAAUCAAAGUAACUAUUGAUCAUCAAUAUUUCAAAAUACUGGCUAUAAAUAUGGUCAUCGAUGGCAGCUUCUUCAUCUCAUUCUCUUUCAUCUGUGUCUCAUCUAGAUAUUUCAAUUUGGAUAGAUUUUGAAAUAUCGGUAUACCAGUUCCCAACGAUGGAAUAGUUUGUAGGCUUGAUUCAAACAUAUUGAUCAAUAGAGAAUUGUUUGAGCAACGUUUUAUUUUGAUAAGGGAAGGUAUCUCCACAUUUAAUCAGCUCGAGCUCUGUCCAAGUCUCGUUCCAUCCACCUUCUGGUUUCACAAUAGAAUGGUAUUGGUAAGCUCUAAUUUUAUACAUUCUCAGAUAUUCUUCGUCAAGAAGACUAACAUUAUUGAAUCUGAACCCAAAGGCAAUAGCAAAGCCAUGCUCAGCUGGAUGAUGCUCUAAGUCAUCUUUAGUGAGAUCUCUAAUGACACUAUUGGUGCUAUAAACUACUGUUCUUCGAGCAAACAUUACUUCAACCAUGUAGGCAGCAUAGCCAAGAAGGACUAUCAGCACGAUUAUAUGCUGACAGAUCCACCGAACAUAGUCUUGAACUUGUCCUCUCCUUUAUAAUUGAGAGUAAUACGCUUUCCGUAGAGGUCGAUAGCCUUCACAACUCCCCCGAUUUUCGAGCCAACGUUUCUUAGCCAACCAGCCAUUUUUUAGAU